AUGGCAGUGGCGGCGGACGCGCCUCCAAACUCUGGUAGAGGAAGAAAGCGAAAGAGAAGAACAAUGGUAAAAAGAAAGCUCACUCGUGGUGAAAGUGUAGAGGUAAGGAGUGAUGAAGAUGGAUUUCAGGGCUCAUGGCACCCUGCGACUGUCAUUGCAUGUUAUAACCGAGGUCGUCGUGUCAAAUACGACCAUCUCCUAUGCUAUGAUGGCUCUAAAAAUCUUGAGGGUGCUGUGGAUGUUUCACCCACAUUAGAUGGGAUUGGUAAUGCCACUGCAAACAGCUGCAAUUAUCGUGGGUGUAUAAGGCCGCCGCCACCUCGUGUUGAGUUUAGUAAAUGGGGCCUUUCCUAUGGACUGUGUGUGGAUGUCUUUUACCAGGAUGCUUGGUGGGAAGGCGUGAUUUUUGAUCACGAUGAUGGUUCGGAUGAGAGGAGGAUUUUCUUUCCAGAUUUGGGUGAUGAAUUGAAGACAGGAAUUAACAGGUUGAGAAUUACUCAAGACUGGAGUGAGGUUACAGAGAAUUGGCAGCUGCGGGGGUCCUGGUUAUUUCUUGAGGUGAUUGAGGAAUAUGAGCAAGAAGGGUUCAUCGGUGUUUCGGUGCAGCAAAUUUGGUAUGACUCGCGUGGAAAAAAAGAUUUUGAGAAAAUUAGAGAUUGGACCUGUACUAGGAAAGACUUGUGGAAAAAGUUAGUGUGGGAGGUCAUUGAUGAGAACUUGAAUAUUAUUCUAAAAUACGUAUUUCAGGAUUUAGAUCAUUCUGUGGGUUUGUUACAAGAAACCAAUGGAGGAUUGGAGUUAGCUAGAACUGCUGAUGAUGUUGAUAUGAGCCCUGAAGCAGAUUUGGUCAACUCUCAUGCUAUUGUCCCUGUUGAGAACUCAUGGUGUAGUGAUUUAUUGGUUGAUCAAGGGAACUCUGCCAUGGAUAAACUAAAUUCUACUUUGGAUGUUGAGUCGGAUAUGAAUCUUUUGACUGAAUCAGAUGUACACUCCCAUGAUAAAGUGGCCUGUUUGUUGGUAUUGCCUUCUAAUCCAGAUGGAAUUUCUAGCGCCAACUCCUUGACCAUCAGCAGAGAUCUUUCUGAGGGAUUGUUACAAGACACCAAUGCAGGAUUGGAAUUAGCUAGAACUGCCGAUGAUGUUGAUAUGAGCCCUGAAGCAGAUUUGGCCAACUCUCAUGCUAUUGUCCCUGUUGAGAACUCAUGGUGUAGUGGUUUAUUGGUUGAUCAAGGGAACUCUGCCACAAAUAGAUUAAAUUCUACUUUGGAUGUUGAGACAGAUAUGAAUCUUUUAACUGAAUCAGAUGCACAUUGCCAUGGUAAAGCGGCCUGUUCGUCGGUAUUGCAUUCUAAUCCAGACGGAAUUUUUAGCACCAACUCCUUGACCAUCAGUGGAGAUCUUUCUAGUAGUAAUUCCAAUAUGACCAAUGGAAAUUCCAAAUUUUUGAAAGCCAUUUGGCUACCUGCUGGCCCUGACAUACUUCCUGGAGCUGUAUUCUGUCCAAGUGCUGUUACAGAUUAUGUUACGAGUAGGAAUAAAAAAAGGGGUAAGAUUUCCGUAACCACAAAUUUGCGGAAGCAUCUUUUGUACCUGGGCUGGAAAAUUGAUUUCACGAGAUUUAGUUAUGGAAUUCGACUUCGGUAUACCUCACCUGAUGGGAAAUGUUACUAUUCACUUGUUCAGGUCUGUCAGGGUUUAAGGGGAUCCACCACAGAGAUGAUUUCUUCAAUCUCAGAUAACCAGAGAAGUUUGCAUAUUUUACCUGAUGAUCCGUCUUCAACUUUGGUUCUAGAACAACCAGAAAAAAGUCAGUGUCCUGAUUUUGCCCCUCAAACUGUGGUGCCUCCUCAGUCUGAUGUCCUUAGAGAAAACGCAGAAUUUUGUCCUCAAGCUAUUGUGGAUUAUUAUAUGCAUGGAAUAGAUAGGUCCUCCAAGUCUCAUAUUUUGAGGUCAAAGGCACGGAUGCACCUCUCAGCAGUGGGGUGGAAGAUGUAUUACGCAUAUUUUGGAAGAGGGAGGCGUGAGUUGCACUACACUUCUCCAAGAGGGAAGGUUUAUUCUUCACUUAGAGCAGCCUGCAAAGACUGUAUGGAUGGAGUCAUUGAGCAAGAGGGAGGUGAUAAGUCAUCAUCUACAGCAAGUAAUGCACCAUCCACAAAGGGGUACAGAGAGUCUUCCAGUAUAGCACAGUCGACAGAACUUCCUGAGCAUGGUAAAGUAAAAGUUCGGAAGACUAGAACAAUCUGUGGGAAGAGGAAGGAUGAUUUAUUACAUCUUGCAUCUCAGUCUUUUCAAGCACAACAUAACUUGCAAGCUGCAAAAGAUGGUUCGCCUAUUGGAUUAAUAAGUAGUAGAAACCUGAAUCCAGAAAAUGAAAAGGCCAGCCUCCCAAAGUUAAAAAGAAAAAAGUUUCUUGGUGCAUGGAACAAAUUAAGUACUGAUCUAGAAAGUAGUCGCCAAACACUGCGUUCAUUCAAAAGAGUACAGCAGGUGGUUACUCCUAGUUCAUCACACUACAAUCCUCGAACUGUACUCUCUUGGUUGAUUGAUAACAAUGUGGUGCUUCCGAGGGCAAAAGUACGUUAUCAUAGCAAAAAGAAUCUUCGUCCAAUGGCAGAAGGGCGGAUAACUCGUAAAGGGAUUAAGUGCAGCUGUUGUCAAAAGGUGUUCACUCUUUCUGGCUUUGAAGUUCAUGCUGGCAGAAAAUGCCGCAGACCAGCUGCUAGUAUUUUUCUGGAAGAUGGCAGGUCUCUGUUAGAUUGCCAAAGGCAAAUGAUACGUGGUAAUAAAAUGGGAAGCUCCAGACAAAAACCACAUGAUAUGAUGAAGGGAAAUUCACAUCCAGGCGAGAAUGACCACAUUUGUACCAUUUGUCACUAUGGCGGUGAAUUAAUUUUAUGUGAUCAAUGUCCAUCUGCAUUCCAUAAAAGUUGCAUCAGUCUGAAGGAUGUUCCGGAUGGUGACUGGUUCUGCCCACCAUGCUGUUGUGGAAUUUGUGAGCAAAAGAAAUUCAGAAACAACAGUGAACAUCUAACUGAUGACAUUGUUCUCACUUGCACUCAGUGCGAGCAAAAAUAUCACCUUGGCUGCUUAAGAGAUAGAGGUGCAGAUAAGCUGGAAAAUUGUCCUGAAGAAACUUGGUUUUGCUGCAACAAGUGUGAAGAGAUAUUUUUGGGCCUCCAGCAGAUUUUAGGUAAACAAAUUCCAGUGGGUGUGGACAACAUGACUUGGACAUUGUUAAAGCCGAUGAUGUCUGAUAGUCAUGAUGUAGAGGCCAUAACAGAGAAUUAUAGCAAACUUAAUGUUGCUCUUGGUGUGAUGCAUGAGUGUUUUGAACCUGUUAAGGAACCUCACACCCAGAGAGAUCUUGUUGAAGAUGUUAUUUUUAAUAGAGGCUAUAUUCAUCAUAUGGUGUACUACGGAUGUUUGAAGCUCACCGAAUUAGGAGUUGAGAGGCUGAUUUUGCCCGCAAUUUCUAGUGUACUGAACACGUGGACUACUUCAUUUGGGUUUACGAAGAUGACAGAUUCUGAGAGGUUGCAUUUUUUGGAUUUUACUUUCCUGAAUUUCCCGGAUACUGUCAUGUGCCAGAAACUCCUAAUAAAGAACCCUUCAGAAGAAUCAAGUCCAACAAGAGGAACCCAGCGUGAUCUUGCCUAUGAAAAUGAAGAUUGUACUAAUUUGGAUGUGUUCAGUGCUGUCUCUGAAGUAUAUCAAACAGAACAAAUUGAUGAGAGCAGAAUUGCAGAACAGGGACUAUUAAUUACUACAGGCAACAACGGGUAUGGUUGCAACAACCCAGUUGAUGAUACAUUUGUCAUGAGGAGGGGACCAGCCAUAUCUUACUGAAACCAAUAGAGGGUGCUUGAUUGAAGAUGGAGGAAGAAAAAGGCAGUAAUUCAGAUUUCUGUGCUACAGACGGAAGGUAUCAAAUAGCAGAAUCUGAUUGAUCUAAAUCACAGUGAA